UUUUGUGUAUUUUACAACUCCCUGCCUGCCGGGUGUGAACGUGUAAUAUCUUUGCAACCAAUGUAGGGUUUGGUUUGGCGAACAGAAUUAGGGCUUGAUUAUGGCGUCUGCCAGCGAUGAAUCUGUCGUUGUUGGGUCUGCAAAACUUGAAGAGGACGAGGAAACUCCAACAGAUCCCAGCAGUCCUAGCCUUGAAGAUUCUAUCUUGGAAAGAAAUGACGACGAGGAACUAUCCGAUAACCCCGUGGAUAUGGAACAGUGUGCAAGCGCUCUGGCCGAGUUUCUUAGGAUUGACACCUCUACGCAGAUGUCGGAGUUAGAGGAACAGGUGGAGGAGCUGCUGCGUCACAGCCAGGAAGUGUGCGGCCACUUGGCUAAGAUCCAAACCGAUACCAGCUUUGCUCUACAGCACAAGAUUCCGGAGAUCCACUCUCGUGCCAUGCAGAUGAAAGGAAUGUAUGAGCAGAUUGAUAACCUUGAGGCUUUUGUUGCCCUGAUCAGCAAGAACGUUGCUGAAAUGGAGGACAGUGUUGGCAAUGCCGAGAAGCUGUUUGGCUCCAACGCGAUAAGCCGUGUCCUGAAGGGCUUUUCCAAGCCGAGCUUCUUUUCAGGGUUUGGCUCCAAGUCAAAGCCUGCAGCCGUCAAACCGGACAACAGUCGCUUUGAGGCUCCCGCGAUCUUCUGCACCGACGACUUCCUGCCCACCUCUCCGUCUGAAUCGCGUUCCGAGUUGCCGGCCGAGCCUGCUGCCGCCACCACGCCUGACGUCGCGGUCGUUGCCGACGCUUCCGAGCACGCGUGACGAACGCUCCGUUCUUUGCCUCCCACGCUUCUGAGUGGCUUCCGCCGAUACUCUGUACGUAUGCACGUUCCCAACGGGAAUCUUCGUUCUCGGCUCAUCGAUCAGUCAUUUUUAUGAUUGCUUUCAUAUCUGCGCUCCCGUUACAAAUUGUCGCGCGUGAUUGCGAGCUGCAAUACGUCAAACUUGACUAUUUUGUUCCUCAUAAAAACUCACCAACAAAAAUUACUAAAUAUAUCAUGCAUAAAACCGUCCAGCUGGUAUGGACGUACUUUUUUUAAACAUAAGUAAUAGCUAGGUAACCCACUAGCCACCACUAGCCACCACUAGGCACCGUUCUUUACUUACGGGUGAUGAGCGCUUCCUAACAAUUUACUAAUUCUCACCGUUACCAACACUCACCAUCCCCUGCUAUGCUUCAAAUCUCUAUUCAAUAUAUUUGCACUAUGAUGACACUAUCUCAUGUGCAUGUCGCGUUGCUGGGCUGUCGCGUUGCUGGGCUUGAUUUUUUACUUACUUCUCGUGCCUUCCUGGGCCGCUACUGAUUCGUUACAGGUGUUA